AUGUGCACAAUCAGUGAUCCAGUCCCUAUAUUUCACAAGUAUUACCAAGAAGGAGAUGCCAUGAUUGGGUCAAUUGGUUUUCGUAUUUAUGUCCCUUCAGAAAUGAUGUCCUUCAAGGAUCAGCCCAAUUUCACAUCAUAUAGCAUUCCCUUUGUACUGACUAAGAAUUAUCAGCAUAUCAUGGCCUUGGUGUUUGCUGUGACAGAGAUCAAUGGAAAUCACGAGAUCUUACCCAACAUCACUCUGGGCUUCAACAUCUAUGACAGCUAUUACAAUGCAAGACAGACAUACCAUGCAACAAUGGAACUUCUGUCCACAAAGAACAGAUUUAUCCCCAACUACAGGCAUAACAGCCACAACAAUCUGAUAGCAGUCAUUGGGGGACUUGAACCUGAAAUCUCCCUCCACAUAGCAACCAUGCUAAGCAUCUACAAUAUUCCACAGCUCUCUUAUGGUCCCACUCCAGUGAUGCAUCAUACAAUGCCAGGCCUUUCCUUCUACCAGAUGGUCCCCAAUGAAGCCCAUCAGUACAUGGGGAUUAUUCAGUUGCUUCUGCAUUUUAAGUGGACGUGGGUUGGAAUAAUUGCUGUGGAUGAUGAUAAUGGAGAAAGGUUUGUGAGGACCCUGAUUCCAGAGUUUUCCCUGAGUGGCAUCUGCAUUGCUUUCAUAGAGAAGAUCCCUCAAGUAACAUAUCUUAAUCUACACAUUGCUGAUAUCUUAGUAAAAGGGUGGAUAAUAUAUGAAAUUAUUAUGACCAGUGAAACCAAUGUACUGGUCUGUUUUGGAGAUACAGAGUCCAUAGCAAAACUUAGAUGUUGGAUGCAUCUAUCACAUAUGGCUUAUAUAACAGAUGCAAAAGGUAAAGUGUGGAUUAUGACUGCCCAGAUGGAUUUCACGUCCUAUUUUUUUCAAAGGAGUUGGGAUCAACAAGUCUUCCAUGGCGCUCUCUCCCUCACAAUUCAUACAAAUGAACUAUUAGGAUUCCAACAGUUUCUUCAGAGCAGAAGUCCUAUCUGGACAAAGGAUGAUGGCUUCCUCCAGGACUUCUGGGAACAAGUAUUCUUGUGCCAGUUUUCUGACUCACUGUUAGGGAAGAAGUUUGAGGAAAACUGUACAGGGGAGGAGAAGCUGGAUAACCUUCCUGGAGAUGUUUUUGAAAUGAGCAUGACUGGCCACAGCUACAGUAUCUACAAUGCUGUCUUUGCAGUGGCACAUGCUUUGCAUGACAUGUAUGCAUCUUACAAACACAGAAUGAUGAGUGGAAAGAGACAUAAACCUCUGGAACAACAGCCAUGGCAGCUCCACUCCUUUCUGCGAAGUGUCAUGUUUAACAACAAUGCUGGGGAGAUGAUUUUCUUUGAUCCCAAUGGAGAAUUAGUAACUGUAUAUGACAUUAUCAACUGGGUCACUUUCCCAAACCAAUCCUUUCGUAGGGUGAAAGUUGGGAGGCUAGAUCCCAAGGCAGCUGCACACCUAGCCCUCUCCAUUAAUGAAGAUGCCAUCACGUGGCACAACAGUUUUCACCAGGUAUUGCCCACUUCUUUUUGUUCUGACAACUGCCAUCCAGGAUUUAGCAAACAAAGGAGAGAGGGGGAGACAUUUUGCUGCUAUGACUGCAUUCCAUGCCCUGAAGGAAAGGUUUCCAGUCAGAAGGAUAUGGAUGACUGUGUCACAUGCAGUCUGGAAUUCUAUUCCAGUGCAAAUCAAACUCAGUGCAUUCCCAAGGUCAUAACCUUCCUGUCCUAUGAAGAACCUUUAGGCAUCUCCUUAGUCAUCAUCAGUCUUUCUUUUUCUUUGGUCACAGUAUCUGUUCUAGCAACCUUUGUGGAACAUUGUGACACACCCAUAGUCAAAGCCAACAACCAGAACAUCACCUAUGCUCUUCUGAUAUUUCUCCUGCUUUGUUUUCUUUCUGCAUUACUAUUUAUUGGUCAACCUGGGAAGGAGACUUGUCUCCUCCGACAAACUGUUUUUGGCAUCCUCUUCUCAGGGGCCAUUUCUUGUGUGUUGGCCAAAACUAUCACAGUGGUUUUGGCUUUUUUAGCUACCAGGCCAGGAAGCAGAAUAAAGAAAUGGGUGGGGAAGAGGUUGGCCAACUCUCUCGUUCUUUCCUGCUCCCUUAUCCAAGCAGGCAUUUGUGCUGUGUGGCUGGCAACCUCUCCUCCAUUUCCAGAUAUUGACAUGCACUCAAAGAAUGAAGAAAUGAUACUAGAAUGUAAUGAAGCAUCAACUACCAUGUUUUACUGUGUCCUGGGCUAUAUGGGCUUCCUGGCCAUGGUCAGUUUCAUGAUAGCUUUCCUUGCCAGGAAGUUACCUGACAAUUUCAAUGAAGCCAAGUUUAUCACAUUCAGCAUGCUGGUCUUCUGCAGUGUUUGGAUGUCCUUUGUUCCAACCUACCUUGGCACCAAAGGAAAAUCCACAGUAGCUGUUGAGAUCUUCUCCAUCUCAGCAUCUGCAGGUGGCUUGCUGGCUUGCAUCUUCUUUCCCAAAUGCUAUAUGAUUUUGCUGAAGCCUGAGAUGAACAAGAGAGAACACUUGAUUAGGAGAAAAAUAUAA